CGUUACCAAGUCUUCCAUUCAUCGUCUUUGUCACGAUAUUGUGUGCGCGUGAAUGAGUGGAUCAUCGAAAAUUUUAGAGUCGCUCUGUAAAGAACGGAUUUUGAACAAUGUUGUUUUUAAAUAUAACAAGAGUGAAAUCGUUACUACGAAAUUGCGAGACGCGACAUCGCUUGUCGCAAUCUUGCGAGUCUUUUCUUCAGAGGAUCGUCCUUCGGACUUUCUGCAAUGAUACGAUCACAUCCGCAUGUCCUCAUGCUUCGUCAUCCUCGGGACUAGCGUCCUUGUCUGUUAAACCAUACGACGAAGUACCGGGUCCGCGAUCGAUCCCAAUCUUAGGUAAUGCCUGGCGGCUAUUGCCGCUGAUUGGCCAGUAUCAAAUCUCGGACGUCGCAAAAAUCUCGCAGAUAUUCUACGACGAGUACGGCAAAAUAGUGCGGCUAAGUGGUCUGAUAGGCCGCCCCGAUCUGCUUUUUGUCUACGACGCCGACGAGAUCGAAAAGGUGUAUCGGCAAGAGGGCCCUACGCCCUUCAGACCGUCCAUGCCUUGCCUGGUGCACUAUAAGAGUGUUGUACGCAAGGACUUUUUUGGCGAACUACCAGGAGUUGUAGGAGUACAUGGUGAAUCUUGGAAAGAAUUUCGUACGCGCGUCCAAAAACCUAUUCUCCAGCCGAAAGCUAUACGAAAAUAUAUAACACCGAUCGAAAUAGUUACGGAAGAUUUUAUAAAGAGAAUCGAAAAGAUUAAAGGAGACGACGACGAGUUGCCUGGCGAUUUCGAUAACGAGAUACAUAAAUGGGCUUUGGAAUGUAUUGGACGUGUGGCACUCGAUGUUAGACUCGGAUGCUUGGGCGACACAUUGUCGUCGAAUUCUGAACCGCAAAAGAUUAUCGAUGCUGCCAAAUUCGCGCUGAGGAAUGUUGCUUCGCUCGAGCUUAAAGCUCCGUAUUGGAGAUACAUCCCAACGCCUCUCUGGAGUCGUUACGUACGCAAUAUGAAUUAUUUCAUCGAGAUAUGCAUGAAGUACAUUGAUGCUGCGAUAGUCAGGCUUAAAAAUAAGAAUGCCGUGGACGAGAGCGAUUUGUCGCUGGUAGAACAAAUUCUGGCCAAAGAGACAGACCCUAAGAUAGCUUAUAUUUUUGCUCUCGAUCUGAUAUUGGUUGGCAUCGACACGAUAUCGAUGGCAGUGUGUUCGAUAUUAUAUCAAUUAGCAACUAGACCAGAAGAACAGGAGAAGAUACAUCAAGAGUUAUUGCAAAUACUACCAGAUCCAUCCGUUUCUCUCACAACGAGCCAUUUGGAUCAAGCAAUCUAUAUGAAAGCUUUUAUCCGCGAAGUAUUUAGAGUAUAUUCCACUGUUAUCGGAAAUGGAAGAACAUUGCAGAACGAUACCAUCAUUUGUGGCUAUAAAAUUCCUAAAGGAAUUCAAGUUGUAUUUCCGACCCUUGUCACCGGUAAUAUGGAGGAAUAUGUUGCGGACGCGAAAACGUUUAAGCCUUCAAGAUGGCUCAAAGACUCUGAUAACGAAAAUCUGCAUCCAUUUGCGUCGUUACCGUACGGUUACGGAGCACGAAUGUGCUUGGGCAGACGAUUCGCGGAUCUCGAGAUGCAAGUGCUCCUCGCAAAACUCCUGAGAUCGUAUAAACUAGAGUACCAUCACCAGCCGUUAAAAUACAAAGUCACGUUCAUGUACGCGCCUGAUGGAGAACUUAAAUUUAAAUUAAUAAAAAGAUAGUAUCCAACAAGUACAAAAUAAAU